CGCAGCCGCCGCCGCUGGGCUGAGGAGCCGGAGACGCGAGCGGACGAGGUGGCGGCGGCGGCGGAGCGGGAGCGGGAACCGGGCGCGGGCAGAGCGCAGCGGCGCGGGUAUAUUCCAGAGAACAAGUCUCCAAACAUCUUCGCAGAAUUGACUCUGAGCUGUCAGGGGACUCAGGCUUAUGAGGAGGCUCUGUCACACAAAACAGUGUCUAGUGAAGACGACAAGAAAGAGAGGAAAGGAUCGGAAAAAGAAACUAAAAUACUAUAUAGAAAAUCAUGAGAUCUAUUCGAUCUUUUGCCAAUGAUGAUCGCCACGUUAUGGUGAAACAUUCAACCAUUUACCCAUCUCCGGAGGAACUUGAAGCUGUUCAGAAUAUGGUGUCUACUGUUGAAUGUGCUCUUAAACAUGUCUCAGAUUGGCUGGAUGAAACAAAUAAAGGAACAAAAACAGAGGGUGAGACAGAAGUGAAGAAAGAUGAGGCUGUAGAAAACUAUUCCAAGGAUCAAGGUGGUCGGAUACUGUGUGGUGUGAUGAGGAUUGGCCUGGUUGCAAAAGGCCUGCUGAUUAAAGAUGAUAUGGAUCUGGAGCUCGUUUUAAUGUGCAAAGACAAACCCACAGAGACCCUGUUAAAUACAGUCAGAGAUAACCUUCCUAUUCAGAUUCAGAAACUCACAGAAGAGAAAUACCAAGUGGAGCAAUGUGUAAAUGAGGCAUCUAUUAUAAUUCGGAAUACAAAAGAACCCCCGCUAACUUUGAAGGUGAUACUUACUUCCCCUCUAAUUAGGGACGAAUUGGAGAAAAAGGAUGGAGAAAAUGUUGCGAUGAAAGAUCCUCCGGACUUAUUGGACAGGCAGAAAUGCCUGAACGCCUUGGCGUCUCUUCGACAUGCCAAAUGGUUUCAGGCAAGGGCAAAUGGAUUAAAAUCAUGUGUAAUUGUCCUCCGCAUCCUGCGAGAUUUGUGCAACAGAGUCCCCACAUGGGCACCAUUAAAAGGAUGGCCGCUAGAGCUUAUAUGUGAAAAGUCUAUAGGUACUUGUAAUAGACCUUUGGGCGCUGGGGAGGCCUUGAGACGAGUAAUGGAGUGUUUGGCAUCUGGAAUACUACUUCCUGGUGGUCCUGGUCUUCAUGAUCCUUGUGAGCGAGACCCAACAGAUGCUCUGAGCUAUAUGACCAUUCAGCAAAAAGAAGAUAUUACCCACAGUGCACAGCAUGCACUCAGACUGUCAGCCUUUGGCCAGAUUUAUAAAGUACUGGAGAUGGACCCUCUUCCAUCUAGUAAGCCUUUUCAGAAAUAUUCCUGGUCAGUUACUGAUAAAGAAGGUGCUGGGUCUUCAGCUCUGAAGAGGCCAUUUGAGGAUGGAUUGGGGGAUGAUAAAGAUCCCAAUAAAAAGAUGAAACGAAACUUAAGGAAAAUUCUGGACAGUAAAGCAAUAGACCUAAUGAAUGCACUAAUGAGGCUAAAUCAGAUCAGGCCCGGGCUUCAGUAUAAGCUCUUAUCUCAAUCUGGCCCUGUUCAUGCCCCUGUUUUCACAAUGUCUGUAGAUGUGGAUGGCACAACAUAUGAAGCCUCAGGACCAUCCAAGAAAACAGCAAAACUUCACGUGGCAGUGAAGGUAUUGCAGGCAAUGGGAUACCCAACAGGCUUUGAUGCAGAUAUUGAAUGUAUGAGUUCUGAUGAAAAAUCAGACAAUGAAGGCAAAAAUGAAACAGUGUCUUCAAACUCAAGCAAUAAUACUGGAAAUUCUACAACUGAAACCUCCAGUACCUUAGAGGUAAGAACUCAGGGCCCUAUCCUCACAGCAAGUGGCAAAAAUCCUGUAAUGGAGCUUAAUGAAAAAAGAAGAGGUCUUAAAUAUGAACUCAUCUCGGAGACUGGUGGAAGCCAUGACAAACGCUUUGUAAUGGAGGUAGAAGUAGAUGGACAGAAAUUCAGAGGUGCAGGUCCAAAUAAGAAAGUGGCAAAGGCAAGUGCAGCUUUAGCUGCCCUCGAGAAGCUGUUUUCUGGACCCAAUGCAGCAAAUAAUAAGAAAAAGAAGAUUAUCCCUCAGGCAAAGGGUGUUGUGAAUACAGCUGUGUCUGCAGCAGUCCAAGCUGUUCGUGGCAGAGGAAGAGGAGCUCUAACAAGGGGAGCUUUUGUUGGGGCCACAGCUGCCCCUGGCUACAUAGCUCCAGGCUAUGGAACACCAUAUGGUUACAGCACAGCUGCCCCUGCCUAUGGUUAAUACUUUUAAGCAGUUUUCAGAACGUUUAUCUCACUUUAUUCUCGUUCUCCUCGGACCUUCGUAGCCAUAUCACUUGUAUAAAAUAGGCUGAAAUAUAGUGACUGUAAGCUGUGAUCUCAGUAUAAAAAGGUAAGCUCUUUUAUUUUCUGAUUAAAGAGAAAAAUAAUUAAAAAUCAGUUUUCACACAACAUGCAUAUAUGACAAUCAUAUGAUGUAUUUGAUCUCUUAGGUCUUAUGUCAUCACAUUACCUUUAAAAUUUUUAUGGUAUAAAUGUAAAAUAGUUAUUUUCAGCAUUUGUUUUAAUACCCUUAUAAUUACUUUCUAUUCAAGAGAGAAAUUUCACUUUUGCUGGGUUAAGUGUGUGUAUGUAUGUCCGGACUUACAAUGUAACAUAUAUGUAAGCUACAUACACACAUGUACCUGUUUAAAUAUAAGAAUUUAGUGGUAGGAACAGCUCACCUAAAAAGAUUUUAACGUCAGGACACUCACUUGGCCAAAGUGCUGGAAUUUUGUAAGCAGCAAGACUGGUGACAGUGCUGGUAGGAUCCAUUUCUGUGUAGCUGUUACUCAAGCUGAGGAUCAAAGUGCCAAUUUCUCAAGGCGAGAAACUUCUCUGAGAAAUAAAAAUCUUUGACCUGUGCUAUAUGUCCCUAUACAACAGCAGCAAGAAGCCAUAAAUAAAUAAAAAGCAAUGGGGGAAAAAAAAACCAACAAAAUAUUAAGGUAACUAUGGAAAAAUAUAUAACUGACUGAGUUAAGCUGUUUGCAGAAGCAACUUUGGCAGGACUCAAAAUGGUGACUAUCCAGUCUGCAGAGACCAAAUAGACUUAAGACUAGUCAUCCGUCUUUUCCAGUGGAGGUAGAUAGGUGAUUUAUUUCCCAUUUUAUUCAACUACCAUGGAGUUUAUUUUAGAAGAUAUAAGGGUUAGGCCAAAUAGUCUAGUAAAGAUUUGCUUUGUUUAGUUUGUGUCCCAUAAAUGCAUUUCAUAUAUGUUAGAUGUCUUUGCUGUAUUUGAUAUAUAGAUAUUAAAAUGAAUUUUAUGUUUUAUAUUUGUUUCUAAGUAGCAGUUUUCUUUAUAUUACUAACUUUAAGGUUGCUGGAACAACUUAUUUUCCCAUACAGAAUCUGUAUGUACAUUUAAUAUGGCUUUGGCAUUUAUAAAAGGUUGCACGAGGUGUAGCUGACUAGUACCAAGUGCAAUCCAAUCCUCUCAAACAGCUGAGUGCCUAUUAUGUGCCAGGUCCUUUUCUAGGUACAAAGAAAACAGAGGCUUUAACUAGUGGAGAAUCUUCUUGCUGGUGGGGUUGCGCCUGUUAUAAAUACCCUAGUUUGGGAGACAAAUCAUGUCAGCAAUGGCAAAAGAUAGUUGUUUGUGCUAUUUAAUAACAUGGGCCCUCUGAUAGCACUGAAAUGGACAUCAGUUGGAAAUUCACUCAUUAAAAUACUUCCCUAGCAGUUUUGAGAGCCUGAAACUAACUCUGCUUUAUGUUCAUGGAUCUCUAUUCAACUGAGUGAAUUGAAUGGAACGAACAAUUAAUACUCCAGUCUUUUACAGCAGUUUUGAUAGUAUAGCAAAUUACCAAGUGGUUAAUUUAUAAUACUGGUCACAUGUUUUGGAUGACAAAUGAGGGGAAUGUUACCCUUAUAAUCAGUCAUCACUAUAAUUUCCUGGUUUCUUAGAUUUUGUUAAUAACUACUGGAAGAAAGUCUUCAGUAGUGAAUUAGGGGAACGAACUAAGGGAAUUUUUUUUUUUUCCCCUUCAUCAGGUGGAUUUCUAGCAAUCCAUAGCCCUACAUAGGUCAGGCCUACCUGGCAUUUCAAAACCAGGGCCAUUAAGAGCGAUUAAAGCUGAAAACACCUGCUCUGUGAAUGGUCUUCUUAAAAUUUUCAUUCUUCUUAUGCUGGUCUCUGAAGUCCUCCAGAACAGGAAAGGUUCUCUUAUAUUCAAACUCAUACUCUGUAAGUCUGAUACCAUAGAUUCCUCAGCAUUACUGGGAGGCCUGGGAGGGAGAUGGAUGGGGAAAGAAUAGCAACUGCAGAGCCAAGAAACUCUUGCUGAGGUGAGUUUCAAUGUUGAUGUGUUUCUCUCUAGCAGCGAUUUACAGAGCACAGAGCUGGUACGUCUUAUAUGAGUCCCUUCCUUUCCUAAUGGCAUCUUCCAGAAAGACUGUUUUAAGUUAAGAAUUCAAGUUGAGUUAGUUGUUUAAGAAUAAAUAUUCUUUCUUAUGUUAUCAUUUUAGGUGGGAGCUCACAGCUUCAUUGAUGCUUGAAGGAAUGAUCUUUGGAGAUUUUUAAAAAAAGCAACAUAAUGCAAAUUAGGUUAUAUAAGCUUUACAGCACAGCUAGAAAUAGGGAAUAAAAACCAUAUGGGAAUCUGGGCCAAAGUAUUUCUUUCUGUCCAGCAGAUUCCCAUGGGACUCAGGAAUUAGAUAUGUUAAUGCAUGUGAAGUCCUUCAGACAGUACCUGGCACAUCUGUUCUUACCGUGAUUGGCUAAGGUGAAAGGAAGCAUGUGAGGGCGGCAAGGAUGUGCUGAUAGGUGGCCGAGAAGCAGGUGUGUGGCCUCCUCUAGGUGUUGUGUUGGCUCUUUAGUAUUGACUAGUUUGGGCUGCUGCCAGGCUUUGGGAGAGGACUCCUAGCGUCUGGGGUUAGACAAGAAACACAAACCAAAGAUCUGGUGAGAGCAAGUUAUGGUGAAGUUGCUGCUAAUUUGGGGCUGAAUGAAAUUGCUUCCGUUUCUGCCACCAGCCGGUCUGCUACUGGGGAUUGAUAAAUACUUGGUUUGGGCUUUAAGCGUGGUUAGAACUUCAAAAGGGCUGAGCUUAGAACAUCUACCUGCUGGUUCCAAGUUUCCUACUGAUGCAUUAAUAAUAAUGAUGACAGCUACCCCUGGAAUUCAAUCUUUAGGGCUCACCAGUGUUUGGUAGGUAGAAAGCAAGUUAUUAUAGACCCAGAAAGGAAAGGAGAUUGUGGGGUGUGCCUAGAAGGCUACUGACUCAGAUGCCUCUCUGAAUAGUACUCCUGCAGCUUGUCUCUCCGAGUUUGCUUUGACAUUUUGGGAAGAGUCUGUACUCACCACCACAUUGAGGUCUUCCUUCUGUUAGCCUUAGUAAAAACCAUAUUAUCUGUCUGUCUACACACAGUUGGAUAGUUACUUUUCAACAAGAGGAAAAAUGGGUAGAUGGUGAAGUUUAUGCAGUUGGAUUGAAUAAAGGGUACUGUCUUACCAUCUGUUCCUGGCUUGCAUAUAUCUGCAUAGACUUUAGGAGCCUCUGAAGAAAGCUGGCAGCUGCAUCCCAGUCUGUUGGUAGGAGGUGAGCUAAGUGAGGAAUACAGAUGGAGUUCUGAGAUGCUCUAAGGUUGUGAAAGCUGUGUGUAGCCAAGGACUGAGAGUUACCUUUAAGAAGGCAAAUAAGGUAGCUUUACGUUGUCAGGAGGCUUCUUUGGUGUUUGUAUGCUAAUACCCAGGCAGAAGUCACCCUGUUCCUCUGUGGCUGUGGCUGUUUUGUGGAAUCAUUGGCUUUUUCAGCCAAGGUUGAGGAAGGGCCUAUUUUGUAAUUUUUUUUUUGCCUUGAUCAGUCGAUUGUUAGCCUGUUAAUUACCUGGUCUUCCUAUGGAGACGCUUGGCCUUUCUUGGCAGAACUUUGCCAUUUCUGCAAACAAAUUGUGCUGCCUGUGUUUCAGGGUCCAGUGAAGGCUGCCUCCAUCUGCCUAGAUGGCCUCAUCAUAUCAGACCAGCAGACACUAGCUGGAGGUAGAUGGUUGCAGAGUCAUCUUCAUUGCUGUUGUAUGACCAACAAGACGUAAUGGGAUCAGCCUGGUGGUGGUUAGGACGUUCUCCCAGCACUCCCUGGGAGCCCAGCCUCUCUCUGCUUCAUUUUAGUUUUUCUACCUUGACCCCUUUGUAGUGUUUGGACUAAUGGUCUCUGCUGUGAUCCCUUUGUACCAUUUGGACUAAGUCCCUGCAUUAAAGUAUCAGCUGAAUGCCCCGGGUAAAUAAGUAAACAGUAGCCUUUGGUUUAGGUCCUCUUGGGCUUUGGACAGCAGUAGAUUGAAGAAGCAGGAAUGGAAGAAAGGAAAGGGAGGAAGGAAAGAUACUAAAAUUGGUGUCUUGUGUAUGCCAGGCACUUGGACAUUCUUCUUAUUUCUCAAAACCUUCUUGGAAGUGGUAUUAUCCCUGUUUUACAGAUGAAAAACUGAGUCUCAGGGUCGUUUAAGUGCUAGAGUCAGGAAUGACAUCCAGCUCUGUUCAGUACCAAAGCCUCUUUCAGCUGCACUGUGCUCUGGGUGAAAAGGCUGGGAGUGGAGGUGAGGAGCAUGUCGGCCACAGGCAGAAGGUAUGCAGGUGACGAAAGGGGCGAUGCAGAAAGGAGAUGUAAGAAAGGCCUGACACCAGCCUGGGGCCUCAAGCAGGACUGUCACAGGAUCUGCAGGCUCUGGCAGGAAUCAGAUCAGAAUUCCUGUGUCACUGGCUCCCUGGAAGAUCCUUGAGUGUGCUGGAAUCUAGGCCCUCUGACUUGAAGUCAUUGCAGACCAGAUAUCCUGGCUUAAGGAUAGGGAUGUAUUCUUUUAGACCAAUUGGAAAAGAUUGUUUUGAGAAGACUGGAAGGCUGAGAUCUGGCUUUCUAAACUGAAGAAGCUUUUUCUAUUAGAAGCUUGUUUUUCUGCUUGAAUAUCAGUGAGAAACCAAGGUACAUGUUUUCAUGUAGCCUUUCAUUAGCCGAGUGCCUGCUCUCUGUGCAACCUGAGAUAGGUCCUGGGGAUGUUUUAAAAGAUUUGAGCCGGACUCAGGGCUGGCGAGGCUUAGGUUUACUGGGUGAAAGUGAGGGGGGCAUGAAAGGGGUAGCAGCUCAGGUUUAUAGUGUAAAUGUAGGGAGGUGUCCCUGGACAAGUGCCAAGGCUGGAGGGACAGGUAUCAGAGAUGGGAGAGGUGGUGGAUUGCAGAGGCCGAUUCUGAUUGCUAACAGUUUCCUCAACACUAGGCUUCAAGGGAAGGCUGCCAGCCUGGAGUCAGGAGUCUUCCCUUGAGGUUGAGCACCUGCUUAGUGAGCCCUGGCCUGGCUGGUUUUGAGGUCUCUGAAUUGCUGCAUGGGAGCUAGUCUGCUGAACCUGUCUGACUUGUGACUUGUCCCCUACUGCAGAUCAUAUCACCAGUUCCGUUUCUGAAUAAUGCCAGUUGGGUCUCUGCUUAGGAGCAAGUGGGUGUGGGGUUGGGUACGGAAACCUUUUCAAAGAAAGAUACUUCUCAUCCACCCCAAGUCAACGUCUUCCUUGGCAACCGGCAGUUUUUCCUGAGCAACCUGCCUUAAGCCUGGAGGGGAAUAGGAAAAAAGAGCCUUGUUUUAAACCCAGGUUGUAUGAGUUCUAGAGCACUGACUUAUGUGUGAGGGAGAAUAGGUACCUGGCCUUUGUUGAGCACAACACUUUUCAAAGCCCUUUUCCAUUAUUUCAUUUCCUACCCUACUCAUAGCAUCUUGGAGAAAUAGCACUGCAGGGAUUGUUGUCCCCACACUAUACACAAGGACAUUGAAGCCCAGAGACUUCUUUAAACCACCCAGCUUGCUUGUGGCCAAACAUUGUGGCUCUUAAUUACUGAGUUUUUAAACCACACAGAAGAAAUAACAUUUCUUAGACUGUUUUUAGAGUUAACAGAGCUCUUUCUUAGGGAUUAGUUUUGAACUCCACCACAACUGUGGAAUCUAGAAAUUUUUUCCUUUUGUAGAUGAGGAAAUGGAGGCUUAGAGAGACAGGGGACUUGCCCAAAAUUAUACAGCAAGUAAAGUGGCUGAGCCCACACAUUCCGAUAGCGCUGUGCUUGAUGCUGAUGGGUCUGGAUUACUAGUCUAGACUGAUGCCGAUCCUGUCUUCCAAAACCCUUGGGCAAGUUUUCUCUCCUCUGUUUAGUUUUCUUCCAGACUUCUGGGAUAUAUCUGUGUGGCUUGAAACAAAAUAAACAAAAACCAUUCCACCUCCCCCUUUUUCACUUCUCACUUCCUUCCCUCAAAACCGGACUUUGUCUAGUUCCUCCCAAAGAAGUGUUUGUGAGCUUGUGCUUGGGCAAGGUGACUGACUGGUCAGCCUUGGGCCAGGCAGCAUGUUUUUUACCAUCUGCACAGUUGGGUCUGUCUUCACAGACCAUCUUGUUUGUCCUAUAAUAAAGUACAAAUUCAGUCAUUGCCAUUUGGAGAGAUACCCGGGUUGGAGAAGGGGAAGGGAUGGGAGAAAGGGAGGGAAUGUGUUGUUGGAAGUUUGCUUUUUAUGUUCAGCCUCAUCAACAUUUUGGUUGUCUGCUGUCAUCCACUCCUGGCUGAGGCUUCAAAAUGUUCCCCAACCUAAAAGGCAUCACCCUCACAGUUACAGAAUUUCCAGAGCACUCCAGUGCCUGGGGUCUUGUUGGGUCUUUCCAUCACGUAGAUAGAUUAGUCUCUCAGAGAUUGCUCAUCAUCCUAAAAUCCCUCAUGGCCUUGGAGGCCACGUUUAGGAAAAUUCUGGUGGGCACCAUCUAGAAGGUGAAAACACAGAAGUUGGCACCUGAGGGACUCAAGAAAGCUGACAACACCUUGAAAUGAGAUUGAAGGAGAAGGGAAGGCUUGGUGAGAACAUGGAUGCUUCCAUCAGCUAUUUUAAGGGUUUAUAUUUACUUGUAUAUAGCUCCAGGGGGUAGAACACAGUUAUGGAAAGCCAACUGAGCAAUUUGGGCUAUGUUAUACCCCCUGUGGCAACAGACUGGGCUGCCUCGGGGGUAGGUGGGGUGAGAAGUGAGCUCCAUGUUACUGGAAGUGUUUAAGCAAGAAGCCGGUUGUUUGGGUACUGUAGAGGGAAUUCCUCUGUGGAAUGUCAGUUUGGACUGAGCUCUGAUGUGAUUGGUGACAUUGCCAAGAGCACUUCUCCCCGCUUGGGUAGGUGGAUUUAUUGAGAAAAUAUUCACCGUCACCUACUAGUGUUUAUCAGGCUCCGCGCUGGGGGAGAAGGAUCAGUUGGAGCAACCAUCAAGCUUUUCAGCUUAGACAACUGAGUAUAAGGUGAAGCCACUGACCAAGACGACAGCACGGGAAGGGGGAGGACGAUGUUCAAGGGAUUUGAACAGAAUUAGAGCCAUCUUCUGUGGCUGGAAGAAAGGCUUUGGCAGGUACCAAUCCAGAAAGGGAUGAUAUUCCCGACUUAGGGCUGGGCGCUUACAGGUUCCCAGGUCUACCACUCAGCCCAGGAGAGGAGCCAGGCCUGUGAAGAGAGUGUUACACACAGGAAGAGAAGUGCUUAGAGCUAAUUUACAAGGAGUUCUGACAGAGGCUUCCUAUUGAGACUGACAUCUGAGCUGGAUAGGAAUCUGUCUGGUAGGGAGUGGAGGGGCAUUUCAGGAACUGGGAGCACAGGAUGCGUACAAAGAGCAUGGCCUGAGGGAAUAGCUAGAACUUCCUCUUGAUGGGGCCUGUGAUGGUUUGGAGGGGUGAAGUGGCAGGAGGUGAGACUGCGUCAUCUGGGUCAACUUCGUGAAAGGCCCUGGUACGAUGCCUUUCAGUGAUUACUGUCACCUGAAAUGGUGAGACUUCUGGAGGGUUGGUUUGGAAAGACCAGAGGCAGAGCAUUGGCCAGGAAGGGCUGUUGUGAGUGCCCAGGUGAGGGAUGGAGGAGGCUGGCUGAGGUCUGCAGCAGAGUGGUGGGAAGGCAAGAAGGGAGCCUCUUUGUGGGCCUGGCUCCUUUCCUGGACUGAGCGGGAGGGCACCUAGCCCUGGGCCAGGGAACAAGAGCUACCCACUGGGGGAGUGGGGACCUGCCAAAGUGCUUUUCCCAGGCUGCUCUUUAGUGGGUGACUGGAAGAAAGGUAGUGCCCCAGACAAAGAUGGGGAAGGAAGAUGCUGGGGGAGGGGGUUGUGGGGAGAGAGCUCGCCAUGUAGCAAGGGCCAUCUCCAUUAGGCUGGGAAAUGGGGCUUUGCCAGGCCCAACUUUCUCCUGGGUGCUUUUAGCCCCCUUCCACGUGCUUUUGAAAAUGUCUCCACUGAAAACGGGUAGAAAGGUUUGAAGACUGGUCAGUCAGCAUCUUGCCCUUUCCCAGAGUUUCUGCUCUACUUGGCCAGGCUCACCAAUCAAGGCAUUAUUAUUGGGAGCAACAGUUAGUGGGCGUUCAUUCAUACUGGUGCCUUCUGCUGUUUAAAUAAUAAAGUUUGGGUUUCAUUAACAAGGCAAGGGCUGCAUCUUAUUGGAUUCAACAUCUGUAGAACAUGAUCUUUAGCCAGGGGGAACGUACAGGCAUUCCUUACAGAGUUAAAUCCACAGAAUUAGGAUGUUACUUACUGGAGGAUCUGCUUCGGGCCUCAGUUCUGUGUCUGUCUCAGUCCUGCUUGCAUGGAGGAGGAGGCAGGGGGGUUUCUGCAUCUCUGUUAUUCCUGGAGCUCUGCUGGGUACUGGGCUGAAAAAGCAGUUGGGAUUUUGAGCCUUUAGGUCAGGGUUAUAAAAGGGUUAAAGGUAUAGUGAGACACCGAUCCCUUCAGGCUUUAGGUUAGCCAGAAUCCCAGGGCCAGGUGUUUGUAACUACAAGCAGCCUUGUCCAUUCACCCCUUGUCCAGUCAGUGUAUCACACAAAUUAUACCCUUUUUAUAUGUAUUGUUACACAUUAGCCUUAUUGUUAUUAUAAAUAUGUUAUACAUAGCCAAUUCACAGCCUUGUGACAACGUGAAAAUACUUGGGAAGCGCUGCUUUAGACCUGGCCUCAGCAGCCUUUUUCUGUAAAGGGCCAGACAGUAACUAUUUUAGACUUUGUGGCCCAUGUGGUCUCUGUCACAACUACACAAUUCUGUCAUAGUUGCAGAGCAGCCGUAGACAACAUGUGAACGAAUGAGAGUGGCUUUGUUCCAAUAAACCUGAUAAAACAGGCAACGGGCUGGAUUUGGCCCAUGGGCCAUAUCGUGCCAACCCCUGCCUUAUACUGUAGAGCCUUUAGCUUAACCAUGACUGGAAACUUCCUUCCCAUCUGCUGCCUGCACCCAUCCAUCUUUCCACAAAGGCUUCCUGAGCAUCUGUUCCCUGUAAGCACUGAGGAUGAGUACAAAGCAGGUCCUGCCCAUGAGGAACUUGGGUUUUGGAUGGUAGGUAGAAUACUGAAAGGGGAGAGUAGGUGGCUAAAAAGCAAAGAACAGAACUGAGUUAAGAGAAUCCACGGUGAUAGGGGCUCAGAGGAGAUAAGGGCUGAGUGUGAUCUGGGAAAGCCCUAGGAAGGGAAGCAGCACUGGUGUGGAAUAUUAGCAGGAGGAGAUGGUUACUUCAGGAAGGGGAGAAGCCCUGAUGAUUGUAAAAGAGUGUAUGUUGAACAGUGUGAUUGUGUCUUCAGAAAAGCAUGUUGGGGUCAUCUUGUGAAGGGCCUUGCACACCAGGCCAAGGAGAGUGAAUCUGAUUCUCCCAAUGGUGGGAGCCAGUGGACGGUUAUGCUCAGGCGUAUUAGAAAUGUCAGUUUGAUCAUGGAAGACCAUGUUUAUAAAUUAUAACUUUCAAUUUAGUCUGGGCUUUUUAGCCAAGGGUUUAAUUAACCUUAGUCCUAGAUGUGGGGAAGAGAGGGCUCCUUCUGAGAAUUGGUCAGUUUUGCUGGCCACUGGCUUCAGUGAGCCAGUGAGCAUGCCACCUUUAUUUUUGACGUGGCAGAGUUUGACAAAGUCCUCCAUCUUCAGGCUUUUCUUCCCUAGUAUUUUCCUAAAGACCACCUGAAAGGUCAAGACAAAUGAAACAUCCUGUCUCAAAUCUAAUUUUGGCUUGGAGCCUGGGUGUGUGAGGGUAAAAUGCUAGGGACAGGUUCCCCCUUGCUUCACAAUAAGGCAGGUGGCAAGAAGGCUUUAUGGAGCAUGUGUUUUCUCCCUCUGCCUGUGGCCUGGGUGUAGCACACAGGGCAGGCCUCUGAGCAGAGAUGAUGGCCUCUCCUCCAGAAGCCUCCACACACCGAGGCAGGAGCGUGUGUGUGACAGGUGGGCAACACUGCUCACGUGCAGCAGAGCCUGCCCUGGGCUGGCCCUUAUUUUGGGCGCAGGGCAGACUGAGGUGCCUAAGACAUGACAUAAUGCCUGCCCCAAGGAGUACUUGGUGUAGCUGGGACGACGAAAAAUACCGUGCUUUCUCUCUCCAAAGGUGCUUUCUCUCAGAGGAAGGUUUCCAGGCAGGUUAAAGGAGUUGACAUCUGUGCUGACAUGUUCAGGAUGCUGCUUGCUGUGCUUCCUAAUCUCUGAAAAUCCACGGAAGGUUAUGGAAAGAAAAACCGUCACUGAGAAACUGUGCCUGUGAGGCAUGUUGGCUGCUGCUGCCUUUGCCUCCCUGUGGGCUGUGUGUGCCUGUUGGAUUUUACUGACUGGUCUUGUCUCUCGGGGGCAUGGGGUGGCACUCAGGCUCUGACUUAGGUGUGUGAUGCCUCAUCUUUAAGAAGGAACACUUUUGUUUUCUAGAGGUGUUUCUGGGUUCAAGGGAAGGAAAAUGACAAAUGUUAGCCUGACACAGGCUCCUCCCCUCGGUUUGCUGAAGAAGCUAGGGUUUGUCCCUCCGCCGUGAGCCAGGUGUGGCCUUGCAUCAGGCACCACAGUCCUGGGGAGCGGCACCAGGUUCACAAGAGAGCUCUUGUCUGUCAGGCACCAGAAGUGACUUCAGGAGCUGGAGCCUUGCCCAGGCCAGGUCCUGUCCUAACCCACCAUCAUAGGCUCGACGCCAUCUGUCUCGAGUUCUAGGAAACAGAUGAUGGUUAGAAAGUUCUUUUUUAAAACUUUAACCUAAAUAUUCCUGCUGCUCUGGGAAUCAAGAUUUUUUUCUUUUUAUUAUUCAUGGACAUGAGUCAAGGAUAGGAAUAGGAAGAAGCUCCUUCUCCACUUGUAAUUUAGAAAGUUGCACUUCAAGUUUUCAGCUUCUUUUCCUCUCUUCUGGGUAGCUCAUGCUUCCCACUUUGGGGCAGAGUGCUGCUCCUUUCUUCCUGAUUGAGAGCUGGGUUCUGCUGCUCACAGACGCCUCUUAGGCCUGUGGAGGUUUUGCUUUGGUGGGUCAAUGGCCUAACACCUAGGUCCAGAUACACUUGUUUCCUUGACAGACUCAUGUAACUUUCUAAGCCUCCUUCUGUCCCACAUCUCUGGGCUCUCUCAGGCUGGGGCCCUGACACCCCUGAGGUCAUGUUGACGUCCCACGCAUGAGGUGUGAUUUGGAAGUUAGCCAGGCAAGCCCUGGUUCCAAAAGUACUUCUCCUAUCACUUGACGUUACGCCAGGAAUUCUGUUACAUGCAUCCCUUACCCUGUGAUCUCACGUCAUGCUCAGACCAUCUCUGUGUAGUCAGGCAGGGUUCAUUCUGUGGCCCUGGUUUCUUAGAGGUGGUCCUAAGCAUGACUUUUUCCCUAAAUCACUCAAUGUGGUGGGUAUUCAGAGUUGCGACCUGGCAUGGUCAUGUGGGAGGUUAACUUACUGUAGGGGAAGGCAGGCUUAUUGCUAGAAAUGGGGGGAGGGGGGGGCUGGGGGCCUGACUUUCUGCAUCUCCCAGGAAUCAAGGGUGGCUUUGGCUGUCUUGUGAGCUGUGUCUCCAGCCUCCAGAUGACUUCUUUCCAGCACACUAGGGCUCAAGGAAGCAAAUCAGAUGCUUGGUCAAGGCAAGAAUUCCCUGCCUUUACCCCUCUUUCUAAUGGGUCAAGAGCUGCUUUCCAUUGGUGGACUUCAUAUAUUUUAGCUCUUAGCAGUGUUUAUCUUAUUUUCCCCGAAAGCGUAUCUGAACUCAGGCCUUCGUCCCUAAACCGAUCUGUCUGGCCUGUUGUGCUAAAUCUUCAGUCUCUGCAAGUGGCUGGCUGGAGCCUGGCCACAUCCUCAGGAGGUAGCCAUAAUUAGGACCAGGACACUUAGCAGGAGUAGUGAGGCUGAUGGGCCUGAUCUCAAGGGUGCUGUUGGCAGGGUAGCAGGUGGGCUGGGACAGAGGCCGGCCUGGGGCCUGGCUCAGCCUGUUGGCCCCCCAGCACCUGCAUCCUGGUCCACCUGCUGUGCAGAGUUCCUGGAGAGGGCUCUGUAAGGCUUGCUUUUCAGCCACUCCAAGCAGACUCCUGGUUUGGGAAGAGGUGGGAGGGGGUACAGCCCUGUUUUAAGAAGGGGUUUCCCUCACUGAGGAGUAAGGUGGCCCCACUCAGCCUUAGCUCUUCCGCAGCCUCAGGGUGGGGGGUUCAGGAGGUGUGGAGAAGGCUGAGUAUAGCUGUGGGUAGAAACCUUUCCCUGCUGCACGGUUACGCACAUGACAUUGGACUCCUGGCUGCAGCUCACUCUGGUCUAGUAAUGGCCGAGUUAGUUUUUAGUAAUCUAUUUAAAAUAUCUAUCUGUAUCUAUUUACUGUGUUUUUCUGAAUAUGCCCGUGUAAAUAGUAUAAUUUGCAGUGCAAAGUCUUUGGCAAUAACUUCAUGUUGUGUAUUAUGUUAAAAAAAAAAAAAACUCGGAAAACCACAACCACUAUGGAUUGUCCUUCCUCUCUGGGGCAAUGAUUCCGUAUAGGACUCUGAACUUUAAACCUUGGUGUUGUU